AUGAACGGACCAUCUUCAACCGAGCUCUCAGCGACGCUGGACUUUUUAACGGACGCCGCCCAUCUACUGGCGACGACAGCGCCAGAGACAUCGGCGUACCUCAUGAACCAAAGAGGCAACUUGAUGUUUGAGAACGAACUGCCGCCCCAGUCCGAUGUUCAUAGACAGCACGUCUGCCGUUGUUGCGGUCACAUUAUGAUUCCUGGCCAGGGAAGCACCCUGAAGUUUGAACAUCAGAAAGCCGUACGCAAGAGAGCAAAGGCUGGCCAAAAGUUCACCAAGACGCCUGUCCAAACGAAGCGACAGAUUCACCUUCCAGAGCCUCGCAAAGGGCCAGUCAAGCGCAUCACAUGCGGCCACUGCAAAAAGCAAACUGAGAUCAAGUUCCUGGCCCCGGCUCCUAUCUCGAGGCGCAGCAUCAACCUGAAGACACAACCACAGCAACAAGCUCCAAAGACAACAGCAACAGGGCUAAAGCCAAAUGGGGCGCCUACCCUGGGGUCUCUAGCUGGGCUCUCCGCACAGAAGCCAACCCCUUCUUCCAGUGCAAAUAGCAAAAAGCGUGCCAAGUCAAGGAAAGCCGGACUCCAGGCCUUGCUCGACCAGUCCAAUGCUUCCAAAUCAUCCAGGCCUGGACGCGGCUUGAGUCUCGCCGAUUUUAUGCAGAAAUAA